AUGGUGGGAAAAGGGGAAAGAAUCCCUAAAUCUGAGGGGGAUUCAUCAAUUAACAGGGAUUCUAAGAAUGCGAAGGGUGAACCGAUGGGGGGAAACAAAUCUAUUCCGAUUGAGGUCGAAGGAUCUGGAGCGGGGUUCGAAGCGGAGGAGGAAGUGAAGAGAGAUCCUAGGAAGCUGGUAUCCUAUAAGGAUCAACUCUUUCGUGUCAAUGGAGUUUGGGACGGUUGUCUUGAGAAUGAAGAGGACGACUGGCUUGCGGAAUCCAAAAGAGAGGAGCUCGAGGAAGAAGAGGCUAUGAAGGCGUAUGAGCAGAACGGGGAGGAUGAUCCUUUAAAUCCGUUCUAUCAGUUUGAUGUGCUGGAGAAACUCGAACAGUGCAAGCGAUGGAGGAAGGCAUUGAUAGUCAAGCUUAUGGGGAAGCGGCUAGGUGCGAAAUUCUUAUGGAAUAGGCUGCAUAGGCUCUGGAACCUAGAAGGGGAGUAUAGGGUUCUGAAUCUGGAGAAUGAUCAUUAUAUGAUCGAAUUUGAAAAAUCACAGGACUAUCUCUUCGUUCAACAACAGGGGCCGUGGGUGGUGGCUGAUCAUUAUCUCAUAGUGCAGAGAUGGAGGCCCAACUUCGAUCCCUAUGAUGAGGGAGUAAGGAAGAUAGCAGUUUGGAUCAGAAUCCCAGGGGUUCCUAGGGAGUUCUAUACUCAUAAAGACUUAUGGAGAAUGGGGAAUAUGGUGGGGAAAACCCUGAGGAUUGACAAAAGUUCUCUCAGGAUUAGUGGUCAAGGUCAACUUGAAGAGAUCACUGAUAAGGGAAAGUUUGCUCGAAUUUGCAUGGAAAUUGACUUGAACAAAAGCCUACUCUCAAAAUUUAGAAUAGGCCAAAGACAGUUAUAUAUUGGAUAUGAGGGACUUCAUUUAGUAUGCUUCCUAUGUGGGCAAUAUGGGCAUAGGAAGGAUCAAUGCCAGAUGAAUCCUGACAAUUUGAAGAAGGUAGAGGAAGCUGCUGGAGGAGUGGACCACUGUAAUCAUUCGAAUCACAACCAGAAUGAGGCUGAACCCAAGGAAGGAAUUGAGAAAAGUCAAGAAGUAGAUGGCUUUGGGAGCUGGAUGACUAUCCAGAGAAGAAAUUUCAAAAGACCUACUCAGUACCAGAAAUCCAAGGAAGGCCCUGUGAGAAAGGAGAAGUCUAAUCCAGAGGAGAAUGGCAUCCCAGCUAAGGAUCGUGCCACUGGUUCUAGAUUUGGUCAUUUAGAAGGUGAGUCAGAAGAGAGAGCUCCUAGAAGUAAUGAUAAUGCUAAUGUGGCUGACACGAGUAAUAGCAAGAUUCUUGGUGAAUUGAGCCAACCAAAAAAAAGUCAAGGUGGGAAGAAAAAGAAGAAUAGUACAGAGAAUGGAGCCAAAGGUUUGGGGAAAAAACCAAUUAGCUCAGUUCCUCAGGAGAACUCUAGGGGAUCCAUACAGAAGAAGCCUCUAAGGGAAGCUAUUCUGAUUGAAAGGGGAAGGAAUAAAGGGAGUAUGCAGGUUGAGACUGGUUCCGGAGCUAAAGUAUCAACCAGUAGUUCAGGAGUUGUUCUGUUACAGAGGAAUGAGAUGGAGAUAUCUAACCAAGCAGUCCCUGGUCAUAAGGAAAAUCCCCCUGAUGGAAGUAGUGCAGAUCAUGGUGUUUGUCUAGAUGGGAGAGCUGAUAUGGCUUUGGAUGACAUCACAAAUGCCAUAGGAGUAGGGAAAAGAGAAUUCCCUGCUCUAAUUAGAGAUAUGAAAUAUAGGUUCAAUAUUAAAGUGUUGGCCUUAUUAGAGACUAAGAUUCAGGGUGAUAGAGGGGAUACAAUUAUAAAGAAGUUGGGGUUUUCUAAGUUUUUCAAACAGGAAGCUGUGGGAUUUUCAGGAGGAAUUUGGGUUUUGUGGGAUAGCAGAGAUGUUGAGGUGGAGAUUAUUCAAUCUCACCAUCAAUAUGUGCAUACUAGAAUUGUUUAUAUUGAAGAUAGGAGGUGGGAAUUAGCUACUUUUGUUUAUGGGAGCCCUAGGAGGGUUGAGAGGAUCAGAUUAUGGGAGGAUUUGGAGUUACUGGCUUGUGCUAUUAAUUCUCCCUGGGUGAUCCUGGGAGACUUCAAUUCUGUACUGGGCCCUUCUGAGAAGUGUGGAGGUAAAUAG